ACAGUAUGAGUGGUGUACCUGAAUCCGAUUUCCUCCCAUGCAACACCUUGACGACCAUUUGAUAUUGAACUUUGGCGAUAACCAUACGCACGUAUUCCACUUGUAACUAAAUCUACCACUCAUCAUUGUCUACAAUCCAGGGUUCGACGCUCUCGAUAUACCCAAACAGCUGGCCGAUUGCCGCCCAUUCUCGAACCUUCCCCGGCAUAACGCUUGCCUCACAAUGGCCGAACAACUGUUGGAUCAGGUCCGCGAUGUUGCGGAGGGCCAAAUUGACUUCGAAGGCCAGAAGCUGGUAGAACUCCUCGUCAACGUAACUCUGGCACUUACAGGUGUUGUCUCGUUCCUCGUCGGAUAUAUCUUGCAAGACAUCAAGCUGGCGCUCCAGAUUGGACUUGCCGGAACCGCUCUCACCUUCGUCCUCGUCGUUCCUCCGUGGCCGUUCUACAACCGAAACCCUGUCAAGUGGCUACAAGUCGGCGGCGGGCUGGUACCGCCACAAAGCCUGAUCAUAGAUGAGAAGAGUUUCAGGUAGACUGUGGUUGCCGGAUCGUCACACAGUUCAGAUCUACGUCUGCGAGGAAGGGGGUUGAGCAAAGCAACAUCGUUAAAAUACCAGAUGCGCCGGUCAUUAUAUUCAUUCUACUGCAC